AUGGAUAUCACUUGGGAAUCGAAGCAGCUGCUAUCAGAACAGCAAGCUGAUCUUAAACUGCCUGAAGAGAUAUUGAUGAUCCUGAGGGAGGGCAGUAAUGUACGAUACCUUGGGUGUCUCUCCGCACUUGCCCUCGAUCCUGCGCACACGACCACAAUCUUUACAACUCACGAGCCAGCUUUUGUUGAAAUAUGCAGCAGAUGGCUGGCAGCGUCAGAUAUCGAUAGUCUGUCGGCACUGGCAGCCCUGGCACGAGUACUCCCAUCCGCACCCCACGCAUCUGUCUUCGCCAAAGCGCUGUUGAAACAAAAGAGAGAUGGGACACUGGAGGCUUUGGCAUCUCGGAAGGGGACCGCACUACAAGAAAUACCCGAGGGACAGCUACAUACACUUCUCCUUGCGCUUUGCCGCCUUUUGAUGUUCGAUAACGAGGAAUUUGCUGAGAGUGUUACGCCUGUACAGCUUCAAGUGCUGCUAAGGCAUGAAAGUUUACCCAUUAGAUACCUAGCGGUCAGGAUCCUCUGUUUGUAUCUUCACGCUUCAGACGCGGCCCUGGCAUCCAUGGUCAAAUCAUUUAUUGGAGAAGAUGAGAUAACUGGUCCGUGGGAGGACAAGAUCAUCGACUACACAUUCUUCAGCUUGUGGGAGGACAAAAGGGUGCAAAAUAUUGGUCGAAUGUUUAAGGAGACUCGAGCUACACGGAUUACGCAAAAAGGAGGCGUGACAGGGUUGGCAAUUCAAAGACGCAUCACUUCAGCGGACCUAUCGAGCACGACAUCGUGCCUUGCUGGUAUCUUGGUACCCAGGAUUGGAGAGAUGGAACCUCCUACGUCUUCGCUUGUCAUGACAGAGACUGUCACCAAGAAUCUUCGUGCGCUCGCAGAGGGUCUCAAUGACUCAAGGCCGUUGUUAAUAACCGGCUCUUCUGGCGCGGGCAAGACUACCCUGAUCAAAAGUGUGGCACGAGAGCUUGGGAAAAGUUCAUCAAUGGUUACUCUGCAUCUCAAUGAGCAGACCGAUGCUAAGUUACUCAUUGGCAUGUACACCAAUGCCAAAACACCAGGUUCUUUCACCUGGCGUCCAGGUGUCUUGACGAACGCAGUAAUGGAAGGUCGAUGGGUGGUUAUUGAAGAUCUGAACCACGCGCCUAUUGAGACUAUCAGUAGUUUGCUUCCGUUGAUUGAACGACGAGAGCUCCUGAUCCCCAGCUGGGGUGAAAGUAUUCGGGCUGCUCCUGGGUUCAAGCUUAUUGCCACUGUGCGUUCAGCACGGAACGUCCAUGGGGAGGAGGUCAUACCUACAACCAACGUUAUUGGCAUCCGACAUUGGCUACGAGUCCCGUUCCAGACACCUUCACAGGAGGAGCUUGCCGAGAUUGUCAAAGUACGGUUUCCCAUUCUUCGCGCUUACAUUCCACGCUUCAUGAAUGUAUAUAGCACCCUCAAAUCCCACUUUUCCUCAAACAUGUCCAAACCAGCUAUACAUCCCAGUAUCUCCAGGCCGCUCGGACCUCAAGAUCUUCUAAGGUGGUGUGGAAGAGUCGAGAAGCUCCUUCUCACGGCCGGCGUCAACUCAGACCAGGAACCUGUUCCUGAAGCAAUGAAUGAUUAUAUCUUUCUUGAGGCUGUUGACUGCUUUGUUGGAGCAGUCCCAUGGGGAUCCUCGAGAAUUCACGGUGUAGAUAUUGUCGCGCAAGGACUACACAUGCCUGCAGAGCGGGUCAGAUACUGCUUAGAGUCUCGGAAGCCGCAAUAUGAGGGCAACGGAACUUUACUUCAGAUCGGUCGUACCAGCCUACCCAAGCAAAAACGGCCGCAUGGUGCAAAGUCGUUAGGCUCACGAAUCGAUACUAGUCCUUUCGCGACCACCGAUCAUGUCCUUCGGAUACUCGAAUCUGUUGCUGUUGCAGUCAGGCAAGCAGAACCGUGCUUGUUGGUUGGCGAAACGGGCACAGGCAAGACUACCAUCGUCCAACGGCUUGCUGACUCAUUGGACCAGAAAUUGACCGUCGUGAAUUUGUCACAGCAAAGCGAAGCGGGAGAUCUUCUCGGUGGAUACAAGCCAGUCAACAUGAGAGCUCUUGCAGUACCGAUGAAGGAAGAGUUUGACGACUUGUUAGAGCUGACGUUCUCUUCGAAACGAAACCAGCAUUACAUCGAUACCCUCGGUAAAUCGGUAGCAAGAGGUCGAUGGGAGCGCGCGUUGACGCUCUGGCAAGAAGCGUUGCGCAUGAUUGAGACUCGUCUCAAGCACACGGACCCGCAAUUCGAUACCAGUAACCCAGAGCCUCAUGCCAAAAAGAGAAAACUGCAGUCUCCCAACAUCCAAAAGCUAAAAAGCAGGUGGGACAAAUUUGCCUCCAGGGUGCAAACUUUCCAGAUGCACCUUGCCAGCGGCUCUAGAGGAUUUGCCUUCUCUUUUGUAGAAGGUAACGUCGUCAAAGCAGCAAGGAACGGGGAAUGGGUCCUUCUGGACGAGAUAAAUCUUGCUUCGCCAGAUACUUUGGAAAGUCUAUCAGACUUAUUUUCUGACGUAACCGACGGCGGCCCCUCUAUACUCUUAACAGACACCGGAGAUGCUGAGAGGGUCCACGCCCAGAAAAACUUCCGAAUAUUUGGCGCCAUGAAUCCUGCAACGGACGUCGGCAAGCGCGACUUGCCCAUAAGCCUCCGCUCCAAAUUUACAGAACUCUUUGUCGAAGCUCCAGACAAGGACCUUGACAACCUUGUCCCAGUCGUCAAGGCCUAUCUUGGCACCCAUAACCACGUAGACCUACGCGCUGCCACUGACGUGGCACAGCUUUACCUUGAGAUCAGAAAACUUGCCAACGAAAAUCGGCUCGUUGAUGGUGUAAACCAGAAGCCCCACUUUAGCCUCCGGACUCUGACUAGGACAUUGACUUAUGUCUUGGAUAUUGCACCGAUCUAUGGACUGCGGAGGGCUUUGUUCGAAGGUUUCUCUAUGAGCUUCCUCACCAUGCUCAAUACACGGUCGGAGCUACUCUUGCAACCACUGAUAGAUAAAUACAUCCUGAGUCCUCAUAAAAACAGCCGGGCCUCUCUUCACCAGACCCCGCGUUUGCCGCAGAAUGAUAAACGAUAUGUUCAAUUUAAGCACUACUGGAUAGCUCAAGGCGCGGCCACGAUCGAACAGCAGGCUCAUUACAUCUUAACACCAUUCAUUGAACGCAAUCUACUGAAUCUAGUGCGCGCUACAUCAACUCGGCGAUUUCCUGUCUUGCUUCAAGGUCCUACAUCUUCUGGUAAAACAAGUAUGAUUGAGUAUCUUGCUCGAAUAUCUGGCAACACAUUUGUUAGGAUCAACAAUCACGAGCACACUGAUCUUCAAGAAUAUCUUGGCACUUACGUCUCGGGUCCAGAUGGUAGUCUUCAGUAUCAAGAAGGUGUAUUAGUCCGUGCUCUCCGAGAGGGAUACUGGGUCGUUCUAGAUGAGUUGAAUUUAGCCCCAACCGAUGUGCUCGAGGCACUCAAUCGCCUGCUCGAUGACAACAGGGAGCUCUUGGUACCCGAAACUCAGCAGGUGGUACGGCCACACGAGAAUUUUAUGCUCUUCGCCACACAAAACCCACCUGGCAUAUAUGGCGGGCGCAAAGUCUUGUCUCGGGCUUUUCGUAAUCGGUUUUUGGAGUUGCAUUUCGAUGACAUCCCAGAUGACGAGCUUGAGACUAUUCUUCGCGAAAGAAGCCAAAUAGCACCAUCUUUUUGCACAAGAAUUGUUGCUGUGUACAAAAAGCUAUCGAUCCUUCGUCAGAGCGAGCGGCUGUUUGAGCAGAAGAACAGCUUCGCGACUCUGAGAGAUCUCUUUCGGUGGGCAUUGCGUGACGCAGAUGACCGCGAGCAGCUGGCAGUCAAUGGUUUUCUCCUGCUGGCUGAGCGAGUUCGAAAUCUUGAAGAGCGUGACGCUGUGAAACGGGUCAUCGAGGAAAUUAUGAAGGUUCAGAUCGAUGAGACUCAAAUCUACAGCUUAUAUAAGAUGGAACAGUCGUUGGGCUUGCCAAUCUCAUCACUUCGAGACGUUGUUUGGACGAAGUCUAUGCGACGCCUCUGCGUGCUUGUCACCGAAGCUCUAAAGAACAAUGAGCCUGUUCUUCUCGUCGGAGAAACAGGGUCCGGCAAGACUACUGUAUGCCAAGUCAUUGCAGAGAUAAUGAACACCCGGCUGCACAUUGUCAACGCGCACCAGAACAUGGAGACAGGUGACUUGAUUGGUGCCCAACGGCCAAUCAGGAACAGGACUGUAGCUGCAACGCAGCUGUCUCAAGAAUUGAUCGCGAUCUUGAAGAGCUGUAAUGCUUUCGACAAGGAGAUCGAAUACGAUACUGCUACCCUAGAGAGUGCGUACGAAACGUUACAGCGUCAAAAGCCUGCAAUGCUGUCCAAUGAAACUCGCCUUCGCAUUGAGGAACUCAGAAUUAGGGCAAACGGCUUGUUCGAAUGGGUAGACGGUAGUCUUGUUAAUGCAAUGGAGAAUGGCCAGCAUUUUCUGCUAGAUGAGAUCUCCCUUGCCGAUGAUUCGGUCCUCGAGCGCUUGAAUAGCGUCCUAGAACCUUCCCGUACCUUGUUUCUUGCGGAGAAAGGCUCGAAUGAUGCACUUGUGAAGGCACUGCCGGGCUUCCAAUUCCUUGCAACCAUGAAUCCGGGCGGUGACUAUGGUAAGCGAGAGUUAUCUCCGGCCCUGCGAAAUCGGUUUACGGAGAUCUGGGUUCCGCAUGCAUCAGAGAAGGGGGAGAUGCUUGAGAUAGUGCAGGCCAAGCUUACAGCGCAACUACUUGGUUUCUCACAGCCCAUGAUAGACUUUGCUGCGUGGUAUGCCGCGACUUAUAAUGCUGCUGCACCACAUAUCUCGAUCCGGGACUUGCUCUCGUGGAUAAAUUUCAUCAACGCCUUUCACGUUUCUGACCCAUAUUCUGCGCUACUCCAUGGAGCCGCCAUGGUAUAUAUUGACGGCCUAGGUGCGAACCCAGCUUCUAAAAUGUCAAUCGCGGAGACUGCAGUGCCGCAGGAGCGUCAGGCCUGCCUUUUGAAACUCGACGAGCUGUUCGGCCAUAGCUUGUCAACUUCAUACGGCGAGACCUAUCAGCUGUAUAUUACGAAGGACACGUUUUCUGUUGGCCCUUUCACCCUUCUGAAAUCAUCAAAUAUGAUACCAGAUCCGAAAUACAGUCUGCAGGCACCGACGACAAUUGCUAAUUCCAUGAAGAUUAUGCGCGCUCUGCAACUCCGAAAGCCUGUACUCCUCGAGGGAAGCCCAGGUGUCGGAAAAACGACGCUGGUUGCAGCCCUUGCCCACUCCAUUGGGAUGCCCCUCACGCGAAUCAACCUUUCAGAUCAAACCGACUUGAUGGAUCUCUUUGGUUCUGAUGUUCCUAUUGAAGGUGAACAGGCUGGCCAUUUCGGCUGGCGUGAUGCUCCAUUCCUUCGGGCCAUGCAAAAAGGCGAAUGGGUCCUCUUGGAUGAGAUGAACCUAGCUUCGCAAACUGUGCUUGAGGGUCUCAACGCAUGUCUCGACCAUCGAGGUCAAGCCUAUAUCUCCGAACUUGGUCAGACUUUCGAAAGACAUCCCGAUUUCGUAGUCUUCGCCGCUCAAAAUCCGCAUCAUCAGGGUGGUGGUAGAAAGGGCUUACCUGCUUCUUUCGUUAAUCGUUUUACGGUGGUAUAUGCCGAAACAUUCACUCCAGAUGAUCUAUUCAUGAUCUCACGAGAGAUCUUUCCAGGCCUUCCUGUCCAUGAAAUUCAGAAGGUAAUGCAAUGCGUUACCGCUUUGAGUCAGCUUCUUCAGCAAAACCGCGGAAUAGGAGCAGUUGGCGGUCCGUGGGAGAUCAAUCUCCGUGACAUCUUACGUUGGCUUCACUUACUGACCGCUCAAAUUGGACUGAUGCCAACCGCAAGUCCUGCUGACUACCAGCCACUAUUAAUUUUACAACGUUUCAGGGCGCCUGAAGAUGUGAACGCUGUUUCGAAGCUAUUGCAACAGUAUUUUCCAAACAGCGAGUCUCAAAGCUACUUUCAUGGUAAGAGUGACACUACGGUCGAAAUCGGCCUUGGCCUUUUGCCCCGAGACGAAUUGUCGCAAGCAGUCUCAAGCCGCCGUCUGAGGACAGCACAAUACAAUCUGCCAAUUGUAGAAUCUGUCAUGAUUUGCAUACAGAACAACUGGCCUUGUUUGUUAGUGGGGCCCUCGGGAUCAGGGAAGACCAGCUUGAUCCUUCAGUUGGCAAGCUCUGUUGGAGCUGAAGUGGUAAAUCUCUCCCUUAAUACUGACAUGGAUACCAUGGACUUGGUCGGAGGAUACGAGCAACUAGACCCCGAACGCGACGCCACUGGUUUCGUGAAACGCGUGCGAGAUUACAGCCAAAGAGCACUCAUCGAACAACUGGUCUCCAAUGUCGAUCUAGGCAAAAGCCUCACCAGAGUCGAGCAAAAGCUCAGAGACAUCGCAGUUGACUUAUCCGAGGUUCUCCAGCUAAUCCAAGACGUCGCGCUGGAGUACCCAUCGUCAAGGUAUACUGAUUUUCUGUGUGAGUACGAGCGUCUUACGCAGCACGCCGCUAUUGAUGACAGUGCUCGCUUUGAAUGGGUAGACGGCAUCCUUGUUAAAGCCUUGAAGCAAGGCAGAUGGCUGGUUCUUGACAAUGCUAACCUGUGCAGCCCUGCAGUCCUCGAUAGACUGAACUCACUGCUGGAGCCGAAUGGAUUUCUAAGCAUCAAUGAGCAUCGCAAUCCAGAUGGCAGUGCUCAGAUCGUGAAGCCUCAUCCAGAUUUUCGAUUGUUCAUGACAAUUGAUCCGCGCCAUGGCGAGCUUUCACGAGCCAUGCGGAACCGGUCCAUUGAAUUGUUCAUGUCGGCUCAGUCUCCUUCCUCUACUGUCAACGUUUUGAGUUCGGGCUCCGAAUCCAGUAUCUCACGUUUUGAAGUAUUUCAAGCAAUUGAUUGGAACAAAUUUGACGAAACUCGCUUCAAAGAUGUGCUGGCAAUAUGUUUCGACCAUCUUGCAUUUUCUGAUUUACAUCUCAAUCUUCGAUGGCAGACACAGAUACUCAGAGGCUUGAACAACUUCUCACUCUCAAAGCUAGCAUGGUUUUCAUCUGUGGCCAAUAUUUAUAAGCAGAUGUCGGAGUUCGAUGGGUCCAUCCUCAGCGGCAUACGCAAUACAUAUCGCGAGAUUGCUGAUGGUCUGGCUCUUGCACCCGACUUCUCUUCUAUGCAGACAAUCCAUCCAUUCAAUAACCCGGUCUUGCUCUCUCGUAAAGCUUGUAAUGCCUGGUCGACUAGUCUUCACUGGCACGGUCAAGCUUUCGAUCUACUGGCAGAUAUCUAUCGCUUUGGACAGAAGCUAGCUCUUGUAUCCGAAGAGAUUCAGUCUAAGUCAACACCACAGAUGUCAAGACUCGAACGAUCACUCGCCUCAACCAGCUCCAGAAAAUUUAUGAACGAUUCAACACAACCUCUGGCACCAUUUUUGCAGAAUAUGGGAUCAUUCCUACGCAAUCUCGUUGACGGAAAGACAGGAGACUGUAGACCCGAUCAAGACUUUUUACUCUUCGCUCAUGAAACGUUGUCAUAUCUUCUGGAUGUCUUUGAUCUCUCAUACUCCUCAAAAUUUGAUGAGGGUACCUUUCAAGCUUAUCAGACUAUAGGAAGGGAAAUGGCUUCUAGAGCCAGCACAGACCGACUAGUUGGGAGUCUUACUGCGAGACUAGCGUCCGAGCUUGGCUCGAAACUCGAAACUUUCAAUGUAUCCUGGCAGCUGCAUUCCGGACUUGGUAUGGAACUACUCUGGACAGCUUUCAGACCAGUCAGUGCAAGGAACCUUCAUCAGCUUGAAUUAAGCAAUCAAGUCAAAGACCUCGCGAAUCGUUUUGACGCUCUGAAGUGGGAUUCUGGCGCCUCUGUCCAGGAGCUUUGUAGCCUGCAGAGGUCUAUCGCACGCAUUUACGAUGCCAUCGAAUCCGCCUCACCUCUGGACCUCAGAUCUCUUGAAGAUGUCCAGAAGAUUUUUGAAGGACUCGAAGUCCGUUCCGGUGUUGUCGGACCCAAUGUGUCACCUUAUCUUGCGUCUCAAUUCGAAGUGUUAUGUCAGUAUAGUGCUUGCGCAAGAGAUCUUGAGUCCUUAGAGUCCCAUUCCGAGCUAGGCCUACUUGCAGGAAGACCCACGGCAAGGUUCAUGAGAUUUGGAAUAUCCUCAAAUGCAUGGGAUGCACUUUCCCAAAUCCAACAAGCCACAGCCAUAGGUCUUUCAGAUAUGGAACUGGCCACGGUCCGAAAUAUCCUGCCAAUCUCAAUGCUUCACAAGCUGGAAGCUAUGAGUGAGGUACCCCUACGAUGUCUAGGAUUGUUGUGUGUCGAGAUUGGCAGCAUGUCGAAAACUAUAGCUGACUUCAGCGCCACUAUUAGCGGGUUCCCUCUGCAAAAUUUGGAUCGCAUGCUGCUUAGACUGCGAGAAAGGCUCCAUACAGCCUUGGGUUCCGAGGCCAGCUUUCCCGAUGUUGGGAAGACUAAAGAGGCCUUGGACCAGCUCCUACCUCGUAGCCACGAGACAUCCGAUCAGAGGAGCGUCGAUGAAAUGACUCAGCAUCUCUAUCGUAGCCUUGAAUCAGUCCUUGACCGAAAAAAGCCUGACAUGCCUGUAGCUCUUGGCGAGCAGUAUGGGGAAAUGGCGCAAACUUCAGCCGAUUGUAUUCAAUUUUUCACCGGCUGCUUACUUCUGUAUGUGCCAGACCGACCUUGCGAUCCGGCCCUGAAGCCCAUGGUAGAGCGUAAUCGCCACAACAGACGCAGAUCUGAGUUGGAGACAAAGCUUCAGGCACUUCAAGACUUUGAAUUCGUCUUCUCAGGCCAGCCAUCAAGUCUUCGCUCCCAGCUUGUGGAGAAGACGCUAGCCGAGCUUGGAGCCGAGCCUGAGGUCCCGAUGACGUUUCGACCUCAGAUAUCUGAGCUGGGCCAACUGCAGGCAGAAUUCAACAAUAUCGUGAAGAGCAUUGUCUUGAGAUCCCCUACCCCUUCGACGCUGCAGUCCGUCUUUUGCGGAGAUUCGGCUAAGAUCCAGGAAGUCCAACUUCUGAGAAUGAACAUCGCUCAAGCUGUGUCACGAUUGUCCCAUGGCUUUGAAGCUUAUGAGGAUAUCACAAAGCCUUUGAUUGGCUUCUUGCAAGGUCUUGAUGUUGGGCUGGCAGUCUCGUUGCUUACCGAUAGUCAAGAUAAUCCGCGUGAUCGCCGCAUGCAGUACAUGUGUGAGAUGACUCCUUUCCUUGGUGUCGGUCCCCAAGGGCUCGCAAGGGCGUCAGCAUUCGAGCUGGAUCUGUACCACUUGCAGUCUUUUGACCUGCGUCUACACUUCCUGAAAUACACUGGGAUUGCACGUAGCGUCAGUAAAGAUCUAGGCGACUUAUUUGCGCAGGCAAUCUUUCAAACAUUCCAGAGCUUCUAUCAAGAAUGGAAAGAAAAUCUUGGACGAGACCAACAAAAUAGUGCAGCUAAAUCAUCCCUAUACCGGUAUCGUGGUGGCGAAGAGGAAGGCAAUGAAGCUGAUGAGCAGGACUUCUACAAAUUGUUCCCGGAUUACUAUCGCCCAUACGAACAAGAUGUCGCGUCAAAAGGACCCAAGUACGAUGCAAGAGACCAAGCUCAACGACUCGCUGGUUUGCAACGCGAAACUUUCCAAAGUACCAAAAGCACAUCUGAGCGACUUCUGGACCUGCUCCAAAAUGCUUCCAAAGACAUUGCCAGCCUUUGGAAAGACACUUCGAUGUGCAAGUGUCCAGUGCCGGCGGAGAAGCUGCUUUCAGCCCUCGUGCUCAAUGUCAAUCAACACAAGGAGCGACUUCUCGGCCAAGCUGAGUUGGACAAGCUUUACAAUUUCUAUAGUGACGCAAAUCUCUCGGAAGCACAAAAACUGAUCGCUCUCGUUCACAAGACCCAAACACGAUUCUGCGAGCUGCAAGAGACUUGGCCCGAACAUGCAACCCUAGCAGAUGUACUGCGAACAUCAUCAGAGUUGCUGGCUUUGCGCCACACUGAGCCAAUUGCGAAAAUCAUGACAAAGGCGGAGCAGCUACAUGGCUACAUCCACGAAUGGCAGGUCGUUGCUAGUAAGCAGUAUACUGCAGUUGCAUUGUACGAGCAGCUUACCGAUCUACUUGUCUGCUGGCGUCGGUUGGAGCUUUCGACAUGGGCUCGACUUCUUGACAUGGAAGACCAAAAAUGCAACGAGGAUGCUGAGUCUUGGUGGUUCGUUGCAUAUGAAGUCAUCAUUGCGGCACCGCUUUCCAUGGUCGAUGCAGGACAAGAUCUCCAGGUGCAUGUAGAGCAGCUUUUCAGCAUACUGGCAGAUUUCAUGGGAACUACCUCCAUAGGACAGUAUGCCCAUCGUCGUGGUAUGAUCGAUUGCUUUCGGAGUCAUCUCGAGAUCCUCGCAAAAGAAAUUCCAUCGAUCGGUGUGGUACACAGCGCUAUUUCCAACUUUCUGAGCUACUACGCUCGCUUCGAAAGUCCUAUUCAAGAAUACCUGCACAACGGCCGGCAAAAGCUGGAGAAAGACAUGAAGGAGAUUUUGCUGCUUGCCAGCUGGAAGGAUACCAAUAUCAAUGCAUUGAGGGAUAGCGCGAAGCGAUCCCACCACAGGCUUUUUAAAGUGAUCCGCAAGUAUCGGAGCUUGUUGGCCCAGUCUGCUGAGACCUUUGUUAACCAAGAAUUUUCGAGUGAAAACGACGUGCCUGCACCAUCAAAGCGAAAAGAUAACACUCCUGAAGUGACCAAAGUGGAUCCACGUGCCAUACAGACCUGCAAAUCUCACCUCCACAGCUGGGAAUUGAAGCCUGAGAGACUCAUAAAUCCCACCUCGACAGCUCAGCGUAUGUUUCAAAUGAGUCAGCUGUCUCCCUCGGCGAUCGACGGCGCAUCGUAUCUGCACAGCUUCGGGACCGACCUGAUCAACAGUAUCAAGAGUUUGCAGAAGGAGACACCGUCCAAAGUUACAGAAGAAAACGGCGAAGCCAUCAAGCAUCUCAAAACCCGAAAACGUAAGCUAUAUGCGGAGACAUUAAAAGCCUUGCGUCACAUGGGUUUUCGAUCUAACCUGAGCGCUGAUGCGUUGACCAAACAAUCUUCGCUAUCUGUUGUACUAACAAGGACUCCGGCCAUCGCAUCGCAAUCUCAUCACCAAAUAGCUAGUGCAGAGUUCCACUUUCAUCAGGUGUUGCGCAUCGUUCCUGGGAUUAAGGAACGAUCUCGAAAUCACUCUGAAGACCUCAGUCACGGCGAAGUUGCUCGGAGCAUUGGUUACCUAGAGAGCAUGAUUUUCGUCAUCCUUAAGCAGAGGGGAAUCCUCGCAACUAUUUUCACUGAUCUCCAAAAGCUUGACAGGACAAUUGAAAUUAUGUAUAACUCGUGGGCACCAGACUCUUAUGCUUUGAAGAAACAGGAAAUUGGGCCACAGAAUGCUACUAAAGGAGUGCAAUAUGCUUUUAGAUGGUUGCCAGGAAUCAUAGAAGCUGGCUCUGUGAUCAUCGAAGAGCACGGAAAGAUGGGCAAACUUGAUCACUCAACCGUUCUGGCAGGUCUGGGGGUUUGGAAAGACAAGAUGGCCACGGCAAACAAUGCAUUCGACCAGCUUCCCAAGCUGCCUUUCAAUCUCUCUUCUUCACGACAUGAGGAAACUCACCAUAAGGCAGUAGUACUCCUGAAAGACUUCAGGACCAACCUGCAAAAGUUGAUUGACCACAAUCCUGGCUUAGCUUUUGUGCUAAAGCAAAUUGCACAAUGGACUAGUUCAGACGUUGCCUCCGAUGUUCUGCAGAGGAACGGUGAGCAUCUUACCAGUCUCGUGGAUCUGGAUAAUAGCAUCUCAAACGCGUCGAGUUCGAUUUUAGUAGCGAUGCAGCGAAUGCAAGGAAUCUCCUCGACCCUCCCUUCCUCGAUCGAGGACGCUACAUGGCUAACACGUACUGACUCCUCGUUAGCGGCCAGCCUCAAAAACCUGUAUUCCCGCGAGGUCAGUGGCCUGCUUCGAGAAGCCAUGGAUCAAAUACAAUACCUGAGCGCUGCGAAUGAUGGCGAUAUUCUCGCUGCAAGUGCGCUGUUUGCAUUGGCAUUGCCUAUCGUCCAACAAUUCCGCAGCAUUUUGCAAACCUCGUUCAAUCGAUAUGCUGAACUUCAUCAAGCAUUAUGUAAGCUGUCCGAUCAACUAGCGCAUUCCUUCUCGCAAAUCGUCCAAGAAGGCUUCUGUAGCCCAGCCGAGAACUCAGUCACAGAAGCUGGCAAGACCGACAAGCUUGAAGGUGGCACUGGUCUUGGGGAGGGCGAGGGCGCAGAAGAUAUCAGCAAGGACAUUCAAGAUAACGAGGAUCUGUCCGAACUCGCGCAAGGCGUGGCAAACGAUAAAGAGAAGGAGGAGAUCGAAGAUCAAGAGGACGCAGUGGAUAUGGAUCACGAUGAAUUGGAGGGUGAAAUGGGAGAUGUCUCCGAUAAAGGCGAGGACGACGGGUCGGCAAGCGGGGGCGAAGAAAACGAUAUUGAUGAGGAGACAGGAGAUAUAGACAACCUCGAUCCCUCAGCUGUAGACGAAAAGCUUUGGGACGGGAAAGCUGAAGACACAGACAAAGAGAGGGAGGGGCCGAGAGCCAAAGGGAAAGCCGACAAAGAUGAGCAGGUUGCUGAUGACGCUACCGAACAACGAGAGAGCGCCCAAGUGGAAGAGGGAGAAGAAGAAGACGAUCAAGCCAGCCAGACCGGCCUAGAAGAGGCAGAAGAGGUUGCAAUACAAGAGACAGAGAAAACGGAUCCGCAUGUUCAAGAAGGCCAGAAUCUAGACUUACCUGAGGAAAUGGAUUUGGAAAAUGUUGAUAGGACAGACGGGGAGUCAGUGUCUGGGGACAGCGACAUGGAGGGUAUGUCUGAUAUCGAACAAGAAGAUGGCGAGGAGAAGGAAGCCGAUGGCUUAUCUGAGAGCAGCCAAGAUAAUGAGUCUGAGGAAAACGUGAGAGUUGAUGCGGACGCUCAAAACCAGCCAGGGGAGAACGCCAAAGACGAUGAUGAUGUCGAUGUCAAUGGAAUUGAAGAAGCUGGGUCUCCUGUCGACACGGAACCGGACGAUGAGGAGCCAGCAGAUGAUCCCGGAUUCCUCUACGACAGAACGGACAAUCAAAACGUGGACCAACAAAAUCCUGCGCCUAGCGAUGCUAUAGGUCUCGGGGAAGAUGCUGACCAGAACGACACUGAUGACCAAACGAGAGAAAACAAGGCACAAGGCAAAGAUGGUGUCCAGGGAAACGCCACAAGCACUGACGAGCCUCAGGCUGCGACGGAAGACGGCCAGCUGGGAGGAGUGGAUAGGACGGAAGGUGGUCAAACAGAAGACGACAACCGAAACGAAAGCGGCGGUGGUCAGGCCUUCAAGAAGCUUGGGGAUGCUCUCGAAAAGUGGCAUCGGCACAAUAGGCAGAUUCAAGAGGCUCCUGAGGAAGAAGCGAAUGCUCCGCCUCAGACUGACGUAGACAUGGCAAAUCAAGAAUUCGAACAUCUCCAUGAUGAAGAAGCUGGAGCAGACACGCAAGCUUUGGGUACUGCUUCGGAUGAUCAGGUACGGGCUCUAGACAAAAAAGCUAUGGAUUCAGAAAUGCACCACGAGCCCCGUGCUUUCCCUCCAGACAAGACAGAUGAGGAGGAUGCCAUCGAGCACAUUGAGAGGAUGGAGGAGUAUCCAACACAACCGGAGGCACACAAGCCGCAGGAGCAAUCCGGAAUGGGAGCUUUUGUCGCAAGCAGGAACGACUGCGGCCAGCCAAGUGAUCAGCCUGGCACAGAGACCCUCGAAAAGGAAGAAGACGUUGAUGUACUUGACAAUGAUCUCUCAAACACUCAUCUUCAGCCUGCUUUUGAGGCAUCACCACGCUCUGCAGAGGAUGCUCGCCGCCUUUGGUCACACUACGAGAGUCUCACACGCGAUCUGUCUCUUUCCCUUACAGAACAGUUGCGGCUAAUCCUCGCGCCCACUCUUGCCACUAAAAUGCGCGGAGACUUCCGCACCGGCAAGCGCCUCAACAUCAAGCGUAUAAUUCCCUAUAUCGCCUCCCAAUACAAGCGGGACAAGAUAUGGAUGCGUCGUUCCAGCCCAUCAAAACGCAACUAUCAGAUCAUGCUCGCCGUCGAUGACAGUAAAUCUAUGGGUGAAAGUGGAAGCGGCCAAUUAGCCUUCGAAACACUUGCGCUGGUCUCUCAAAGCCUGAGCAUGCUAGAAGUCGGCGAUAUAUGCGUUCUUGGCUUUGGAAACGAAGUUCAUGUGGCCCAUGAAUUUGACAAAACCUUCUCCUCCGAAGCCGGCGCUCAGAUUUUUCAACAUUUUGGUUUUCAGCAAACAAAGACUAACGUAAGAAAGCUCGUCGCUGACUCGAUCACCCUCUUCCGCGAAGCAAGACGUAAAGUAUUCAACGCUGGCGCCGAACUCUGGCAACUCGAACUCAUAAUCAGCGAUGGCGUCUGCGAAGAUCAUGAGACGAUACGACGCCUGGUCCGCCAAGCUCAAGAAGAGCGCAUUAUGAUCGUAUUCGUAAUUGUGGACGCGUUGUUGAAGGGAGAGUCGAUUAUGGAUAUGAAACAGGCGGUUUUUGAGCCCGAUGUCAUAGGGGAGACCAAGUUGAAGAUUAAGCGGUACCUAGAUGGGUUCCCUUUCGCGUAUUACCUCGUAGUGGGUGAUGUGAGAGAUUUACCCGGUGUACUUGCCCAAGCUUUGAGGCAAUGGUUCGCUGAGGUUGUGGAAAGUGGGUGA